GCCGGCGCUAGCCCGGGAGAGGCGCUCCGUCCGCGGCGUAAACUCUAUCCCGCGCCGCGGCGGAGCAGACCAUGCUCACAUUCAUGGCCUCUGACAGCGAGGAAGAGGUGUGCGAUGAGCGGACGUCCUUGAUGUCAGCUGAGAGCCCUACAUCACGAUCCUGCCAGGACAGCAGGCCAGGCCCAGAGGAUGGAGAGAACACUGCCCAAUGGAGGAGCCAGGAGAACGAGGACGACUGUGAGGAGGACCCGGACCACUAUGCCUGCAGUGGGGUUCCUGGGCGACCGUCGGGCCUGGAGGAGGAGCUGACCCUCAAGUAUGGGGCGAAGCACGUGAUCAUGCUGUUCGUGCCUGUCACGCUGUGCAUGAUUGUGGUGGUGGCCACCAUCAAGUCUGUGCGUUUCUACACGGAGAAGAACGGGCAGCUCAUCUACACGCCCUUCACCGAGGACACGCCCUCGGUGGGCCAGCGGCUCCUCAACUCCGUGCUGAACACUCUGAUCAUGAUCAGCGUCAUUGUGGUCAUGACUAUCUUCCUAGUGGUACUCUACAAAUAUCGCUGUUACAAGUUCAUCCAUGGCUGGCUGAUCAUGUCCUCCCUGAUGCUCCUCUUCUUGUUCACCUACAUCUACCUCGGGGAAGUGUUCAAGACCUACAAUGUGGCCAUGGACUACCCCACACUGUUCCUGGCUGUCUGGAACUUCGGGGCAGUGGGCAUGGUGUGCAUCCACUGGAAGGGGCCCCUGGUGCUCCAGCAGGCUUACCUCAUUGUGAUCAGCGCACUCAUGGCCCUGGUGUUCAUCAAGUACCUGCCGGAGUGGUCCGCCUGGGUCAUCCUGGGCGCCAUCUCUGUGUACGAUCUCGUGGCUGUGCUGUGCCCCAAAGGGCCACUGAGGAUGCUGGUGGAAACUGCCCAGGAAAGAAACGAGCCCAUAUUUCCUGCCCUCAUAUACUCAUCUGCCAUGGUGUGGACGGUCGGCAUGGCGAAGCUGGACCCCUCCUCUCAGGGAGCACUGCAGCUCCCUUACGAUCCAGAGAUGGAAGAAGACUCCUAUGACAGUUUUGGGGAGCCCUCAUACCCUGAAGCCUUCGAAGCCCCCCAGCCUGGCUACCCAGGGGAAGAGCCGGACGAGGAGGAGGAAAGGGGUGUAAAGCUUGGCCUGGGAGACUUCAUCUUCUACAGCGUUCUGGUGGGCAAGGCAGCAGCCACGGGCAACGGAGACUGGAGCACGACGCUGGCCUGCUUUAUCGCCAUCCUCAUUGGCUUGUGUCUCACCCUCCUGCUGCUCGCCGUGUUCAAGAAGGCCCUGCCCGCCCUCCCCAUCUCCAUCACCUUCGGGCUCAUCUUUUACUUCUCCACAGACAACCUAGUGCGACCUUUCAUGGACACGUUGGCCUCCCACCAGCUCUACAUCUGACAGGAGAGCUGCGGCUCUGAGAGCUGUAGGACGCUUCGCCGAAUGCAGGUGUAUAGUUUUACACUCUAGUGCCAUAUAUUUUUUUUUUAAAAAAAACUUUUCUUUCCUUACAAAAGAAAAAAAAAAGAAUAAAAAAGUGUUGUGUUUACUUCGUGACGAGGAAGCAGAAGCCGCCCUUCGGUGCUAGCUGUCUUGUCACCAGACUGAGGCUUGCCCGUCAGAGCAUCUGUGGCGCCCGCAGGUGGGAUGCUGGGCCAACAAGCCUAUCUUCAGGGAUGAGGUCACGUGUGUGGAUCAGGUUGGGGAGGACGCAGGCCCCAUCCGGGUCUGUAAUCAAUCCUUCAGGGCUGAGCAGGAGGAACAUGUGCAUCAGUGGGGACCAGGAGGCACGGUCAGGAAGGACGCUAAGCACCAACACCCUGACCAGAGGAGAAAAGCCAGUUUGUCGUCAUGAAUGCCCCCAGUGCUUUGUUUGUGAUGUCUGUUACCUUUAGUAUCUUAGAAGCUGAGUCCUGUUCUUAUUUCUGCAGUGGACUGCUGGGAAGUGGCUUAAUGACAAUACCAAUACAUAGAUGUCCCUGCUGGAA